AUGUCAGGCUUCAACUUAUCUGAGUAUCUGACCAAGUUUCAAACAACCGAUCGGGCCACAUACCCUCGUUUGGAAGAUCCAUCGAGAGAAUUAAAUGUCAUUAUAGACCAGUUGGCGGUUUCCCCCGAACAAAUAGAUGCCAACCAAGAGACGCUUGAAGCAUUAAUAGACCUCUGCCAUGACUUUCCACAUUUAUCGCCGAAAUUGCAAACUCAGUUAAGUUAUUUGGUGGGUUCAUCUCUGUCGAAUCUGUCCAAGGAAAUCAACGCUAAUUUGUCGUCCAAUAUUAAUUUCAAUGAGAUCAGCGAACUGAUACCGCAAUGGAAAAGGCAUUUGGAAGAAUACGGCUACCUUAUUCAAGUGCUUUUGACGUUUUUACAAGAUGAGUUACAUAAAGUCUCAUCACAGUCUACUAACUUAAAUCGUUCUACUAAAAAUGGUAAAAACGAUAGUGCAAAUGUUGAAGUAUUUAGAAGAGAUUGCAAUCAAUUGGAAAGUUUGCUUGAAUCUAUAAUAAAGCUCCUGGAAAUUAAUUUAUCUAAAAUUUUUCAAACGACACCUGAAAAGGAUCUGUUCCUCGGUUUGUUUACAAGGCCAUUGUUUGUAGUAUUGGAGAUCGAAUCAGUGACAAAACUAUCAUCUAUGAAAAUGUUUAUUCAAAAAAUUUUGGCAAUAUGUGUCAAAAAUCACGGUCAAAGUUCAAGCAUACAAGGUUCUUUAAUGACAAAUUUAACUUACUUUCUUCAUUUGUCGACUUUUAAUGCAGAAUUACUAAAAUUAUUGAAUGAUGAAUACAACUACCCACAGCUAACAGAGAAUAUUUUGAAAGAAAUCAGUACAAGGGUGUUUAACGCCAAGGAUACGACUGGGCCAAAGGCAAUAUCAAACUUUUUGAUCAAACUAUCAGAGUUAUCACCAGGAAUCAUGCUUCGACAAAUGAGCCUUGUAAUCACUCUGCUCAACAACAGCUCUAUAACAUUGAGAUGUUCCGUCGUGGAAGCCUGUGGGAACAUUGUAUCUGAACUGGCUCAAAAUGCUCAAAGCUUAGAGCAAUAUAAGCAACAAAUAUCCGUAUUGAUUGAAUUACUGGAAGAAAGAUUUCAGGAUUCAAACCCUUACGUUAGAACGAAGGCAAUACAAGGGUGCUCGAAAAUCUGUGACUUGAGUUCAAAAUUCAACAAGAGUAAAGCAAAGUUUACUGCCCUGGCAGUAAGAUCAUUACAGGACCGGUCCUCUUUGGUUCGUAGAAAUUCAGUAAAACUACUAUCCAAGUUACUGCUGAAGCAUCCAUUCAAAGCAAUACACGGUAGUCAGUUAAAGUUGAGUGAGUGGGAAGAAUAUCUCAAUGUAUCUGAGACACAAUUAAAAGUUUCUUUAGAGAAACUUGAAUCACAAGAAACUUUGGAUGAAGCAAUUGAAAGGUCCAUGAUUGAGGAUGAAGUGGAGGAGGGUGAAGAAGAACAUAGGACGGGACUAAAGGAAUCUUUCAACAAAGGACCAGAUCUUUCUAGAAUAGAAAUGGAGGUAGAGAAUAUAAAUGCAACAACAAAUGCGGAUGUAAUCAUGAAACUAAAACUAAUGGUUGUUUACUACAAAGAUGCCAUUUCCUUUAUUAAAGAAAUACACAAAAGUAUCGAACUAAUAUCUAAUCUACUGUUCUCCAAAAAUAGAAAUGAGGUAUUGGAAUCAAUGGACUUUUUGGUCCUAGCAGACGCGUAUGAUGUUGAGUUAAGCGAGUUUGGUAUAAAAAAAAUGCUGCAUUUGGUUUGGAUGAAAGGCACAAAUGACGAAGGAACAAGUAUAUCAGCGCACUUGAUAGAAUGUUACAAGCAGUUGUUUUUAACCGCACCAGAUGGUUGUGAUAUGCGAGAGAAGACCGCACAUAUUGCCAAAAAUUUGAUCAACUUGACCGUCGGCGCAUCGAUCGCAGACUUGGCUUCUUUGGAACAAUUAUUGGGAAUGAUGUACGAACAAAAAAUGAUAGACCAGAAUGUCAUUAAUAUCCUUUGGGCUAUUUACAAUUCAGCAUCAAAGACUAAUACAGAAUUGGAAAAAACCGUGAACAACAGUGAGCCAGAUAACACCAAUGCUGAAAGGAGGUUUUCUAAUGAGCAGAUCCAUGGUUCUAUUAUUAUUUUAGGAAUGCUAUCGCUGGCAGAUAACGAAAUCGCGUUAAAGGGGUUAGAGUCAUUACUGAACAUUGGGCUCGGCAGUGUUGGUAUCAAAGAUUUGACACUCUGUCGGUAUUCUUGUUUAACAUUGGAGAGGAUGGUCCCAAAGAAAAGUACUAUUAUCACCAAGGCAAUAAACCAAGAGCAUGAAGAUGUUGCGGUCAAAAAGCUGUAUGCUAUGAUUAUCAAUUAUACUAGAGAUAAUGAAUAUUAUCCUAUGUGUGAACAAGCGCUUAGCGCAUUGUUUACAAUCUCCUCUAAGCCCGAUAUAUUAGCUACGGAUCUGAUAAGGGAAAAGACUAUGAUGACGUUUGGUAAGCCUGAAGGAGAUGAUUCUAUUCUGUCAUUUGAACAAUCCUCUAGAGUGGUAUCCCUCAGUCAAUUGCUGUUCGUUGUUGGACAAGUAGCGAUCAAAACGCUUGUUUAUUUGGAAAAGUGUGAAGCAGAAUUCAAGAAAAGAAAGAUUGAAGCAGAAACUCGGAAAGGUAAGGGCAAAAAUCAAGAUGGUGAUAUGACCAAUACUACGCAGGAUAAUGGUGACGACAAAGAACUAGAAAUGAUUGGAGGUACUAAUGAAGACGAUUUCACAGAUGCAAUUCAAUUUGUAAAGGAGAAUGAACUAUUAUUUGGAGACAAAUCUAUCCUGGGAAAAUUUUGCCCCAUUGUGGAAGAGAUUGUUUCUAAUUCAAGUAGGUUUGGUGAUCCGAUGUUACAAAGAACGGCAACCUUAUGUUUAGAAAAACUAAUGUGCUUGUCUUCGCAGUAUUGUGAAAAAAGGCUACCGCUAUUAAUUACUGUAAUGGAAAAAUCGCCUGAUCCUACUAUUCGCUCAAACGCUGUCUUGGGGCUAGGUGAUAUGGCAGUAUGCUUCAACAAUCUGGUAGAUGAGAAUACGGAUUAUUUGUACCGUCGUUUACAUGAUGAAAAUUUGAUGGUGCAAAGGACAUGUUUAAUGACCGUUACAUUUUUGAUUUUAGCUGGUCAAGUUAAAGUGAAGGGACAAUUAGGAGAAAUGGCCAAAUGUUUAGACAACCCAGAUCAAGGUAUAAGCGAUAUGUGUAGAUUAUUUUUCACCGAAUUAGCUUCUAAGGACAACGCCAUCUAUAAUGGGUUCAUUGAUAUUUUUAGUAGUUUAUCGUCCGAUAAUUUAUUGGGGAAAGAAAGCUUUAAGAAGAUCGUGAAGUUUUUGCUAACAUUCAUUGAUAAAGAAAGACACCAAAAGCAACUUAAUGAGAAGCUAGUUGGAAGGUUGAAGAAAUGUGAAACGCAAAAGCAAUGGGAUGACAUUGCAUUCGUGUUAAAUAAUCUACCAUAUAAAAACGAAACUGUCACUGCAGUAUUGGAGGAAGGUUUCAAAGUGGUUUCUGCAAGGGAAUAA